ACUGCAAGUGCGGUCAGGCUGACACACAACCAAAGGCCACCUCAGACUGCAAGUGUACCUCCUGCAAGUGUGACCCAUGCAAGUGCUCAAAGUAAAUGCUUGCUACCGCCCCCUUUGACAAUCCAACUCAAUGGUGCAGUGGGCAUCACCCUC